AUGAGUAUGACAUCCAUUGUGUCACUGGGCUCUGUCCAGGCCAGGACCACUGUCUCCCCACUGGGUUCACUGGAUCCACCCUGGAGAGGGAUUCUGCCACUGUCCCACAAAUUCCUUGACUCUGUAUCUAGGGAGAAAUUCAGAAAUCUCACUAGCUCUGCUGCCACCCCCUUCACUCCCCUCAUCUUUUCUUUGGGUGGUGUCAUGGAACAAAGGACUGCCAAGCCUCCACACCUGGGUGAGGUCCUACCUCCCCACUCCCAAGGAUGCUUUGUAUCAGACUCAGUCUCACCUCCUUCGCGCCAGAGGGAGAAACUUUGA